AUGAAUUUCCUUAUCGUAUCAGCGGUGCUGGUUAUAGCAUCACUAUCACUACUGCCAACAAAAGCUCUAGGCACAACAGAGGUGCAAGAGACACCAUUGGCACUGCCAGUUGUAGAACAAACACCACCAACCACAGUGCAGCAAGGUGAAAUUUGGGAAGAGGACGAUCAUGAGAUCCUGAUUCGUAAUGAACGUGGUACAAAGACUGAUGGUAGUCAGAGCGGACUCUCUUGUCGAUAUGGAAAGAAUCCAUGGUCAGAAUGUGAUGCUAAAACUAAUACCAGAUCAAGAACGUUGGCACUAAAGAAGGGCGAUCCAGGAUGUGAUCCUACAAGGACAAUUCAAAAGAAGUGCAAAAAAGGUGAUAUAAUUGGGAGAAAACCCAAACUUUGUGGAGUAAAAUCUUAG